CAUUCUAUUGAGCUGGCUUCUGCCGAAUGGACCAAGAGAUUUGCGUUUGCCUUUGUUUUAAAGGCUUUGCCGAAGGGAAGAGUAAUAUACAACAGGCGGGCAGAGCUUCCCUGCUCCUAUCAUCAGUGAUCCUCCUCUAGAGUCUAGCACAGCUGCGCCCGGUGCAGAAUUUACUGACGCUCCCUGACUGGAAGGAGGGUAGACCCUGCCUACUUUCGGUUUUGCUCAGCUGCACAGGGAGAAGUGAUAGUCUGCGGGGAAGCGAGAAAGCAAGCCAACUCCCUCCGUUUUUCAAGGAAAGGCAGCAGAAAUACAAGCAGAAGCUCUAUACAAGAGACCAGAAACACAAUCUUCGUUUUCCGUAGGGUGUGUGUUCUUAGGAACAGCUUCCUCUCCUGAGGCUAUCAUUAGUCAUGCCUGAUUGUGGCCUUGUCACCCACUCUCAUAAACCGGUGCCCUUGCGAAGCAUCUCUGUUGACCUGGUGGUCCGAGGCUUUGUGGCUGAUGUGGUGUCUGAGCUUCGGUACCAGAAUGAGGAGAAGAACCCAGUGGAGGCCGUGUUUGUCUUCCCUCUCGAUGACGAGGCUGCCGUAUAUGCGUUUGAGGGCCUGAUUGGUGGGACACGGAUUGAGGCCCAGAUCCAAGAAAAGAAACAGGCAGAGCAAGAAUAUGAGGAUGCCUUGAGUGAAGGCCGCGAAGCUUUCCUGCUCGGGAGGGAGGCAAACACCAGUGACAUCUUCACCUGCAGUCUGGGCAACCUUCCGCCCGAUGGGGAGGCCACCCUGAAGCUGCGCUAUGUCCAGGCAUUGGCUCCGGAGCCUGACGGGGCCGUCCGCUUUGUCCUGCCUGCUGUGCUGAAUCCUCGCUAUGUACCCCGGGGAUCAGAAGCAGACACUGUCACCGAAAGCAUACCACGAGUGCCCAAGGGGCAGCUUCCCUACACACUCAGCCUCAGUGUUACCCUGGAGUCUUCCUACGGCAUCAACCGCGUGGAGUCCAAGUGCACCCUUGAGCCCCUGCACUACACAGCAGAAAACCGUACCACUGCCCAGGUCUCCUUGGCCACAGGUCACCAGUUUGACCGAGAUGUGGAGCUGCUGGUUUAUUAUGAGGACGUUCACAAGCCCAGCACCCUGCUGGAGGCUGGGAAGACGGGAGCUGCCCCUGGCUCCUUGAUGGGAGACCCAGCACUUCUGCUUACCCUGUACCCAAGCAUCCCUGCCCCAAAGCCUGGCCUGAAUUCUGCUGGGGAGUUCCUCUUCUUGCUGGAUCGCUCUGGAAGCAUGGAUUGCAGCACUGAGGAUGGCAAGGAUUCACCAUCCCGCAUUCAGAGUGCCAAGGAGACCCUGGUUCUCAUCCUGAAGAGUCUCCCUCUGGGAUGUUACUUCAAUAUCUAUGGCUUUGGAUCUUCUCAUGACUCAUUCUACCCGCAGAGUGUCGAGUACACCCAGCAGAGCAUGUCAGAGUCCCUCCAGCGUGUGAAAGAGCUGGAUGCUGAUUUGGGAGGGACAGAGAUUCUGGAACCACUAAAGGCCAUUUACAGCCAGCCUUGUAAAGAAGGACAUCCUCGUCAGCUCUUUGUGUUCACUGAUGGAGAGGUAUUUAAUACAGAUGAGGUCAUUGCUGAGGUACGCCGUCACAGCAGCUCCCACAGGUGCUUCUCUUUCGGCAUUGGCGAAGGGGCCUCCACGGCCCUCAUCAAAGGCAUCGCACGAGCAGCAGGGGGCAGUGCUGAGUUCAUCACGGGCAAGGAGCGCAUGCAGGCCAAGGCACUGCAGUCUUUGAAGAAGGCCCUCCAGCCAGCAGUGACAGGGAUCUCUCUGCGCUGGGAUUUGCCUCCUGGUCUUGAGGCUGCGCUUGUGGGGUCAGGCCCUCAAGUCAUCUUUGAGGGGCAGCGCUGCCUCAUCUAUGGCCAGAUCCGUGGGAAGCCUCAGUCCUCAGAUACUGCAGAGGGGUCUGCAGUGCUUCAAUACAGCUUCCAAGACCAGAUUUUCACAGAGACUAUGAAGUUCCCACUCCAGGCUCAGGAGAGUGACAGGCUCCCUGUUCACCGACUGGCAGCUCAGGCCCUGUUGCAGGAACUGGAGGAGGCCGUGGAGAAAGAUGAAGGGAAGCGGCACCUGGCGCUGGAAACAAGCCUGCACUCCGGGGUGGUUUGUUCGCAGACGGCCUACGUGGGAGUGAACACACAGCUGGCCAAGACCCUUCAAGGACCCCUCGAACGCCGAGACGUCCCACUUGCACUUUGCUGCGCUUCUGUGCCAAAAAGUCGUCAGCGAUGUGCACGUUCGGCCCCAGUCCUGAAAUCCUGUAUGAUGCUGUCAUCAGUUGUCAUGGACCACCAUAUAACAGAUUACUCAGGCGCAGGUUGGAUCGAAGUGUCGUCGUCAGAGGAGGAGGAGGAGGAGAAGGAGACCACCCUGAAGGAAGAGGGAUCCCUUCUCUUGCGCUUGAUCUUACUGCAAAAUGCUGAUGGCUCCUGGCCCCUUGAUUCUGACCUGGCCACCCUGCUAGACCUGAGUGAGGCUGAGAUCUCCAGCCAAAAGCCUGCCCAGGUGAUCCCAACCGCAUGGGCAACGGUGCUGGCCGUCCUCUGGCUCCAUUUCAGAGCCGCAGAGCAGAAUGACGAGUGGCAGCUUCUGGAAGCGAAAGCUCUCAGCUGGCUCCAGGCAACUGCAGGGCCUCAGCUGGCUGAGUGUGUGAAGGCGGGGAAUGCCCUGCUGGGAAGCAGUGUCAGCCCCCAGGCUUUUGGGCUCUAAGUCCCUCUCUCCAACCCCGUGCCUUAAACUGGAGCCUCUGCUUUGCUCCCAUCUCCCUUUCGCAGGUACCAAAGCACUGAGUCUAUGGGAACGUGGGGGUUACGUUCCCAGACUCAAAACCAAAAAACCCAAAAUUGCCCCCCAAAUGUGGAAACAGGCCCAACAAACUGCCAUACCGUGCUCUGCCAGCUGUCAGGAGUCCAAAGAUGCCCCUCACAAGCGCAAAAGUCCCCCAAAUUCAACUUAAAAUUAGGGGGCGAGGUUGUUUACCACAAAUGAGCCAAAAAUGGCUCCCGCUCUCAAAAUGGCUGGAAAUGACCUCCAAGAUCAUUUUUGGCCACCUGCGGAUAAGUGGGAUUUAUUCAGUUUUUGCCAGAUUUUUUCCGCGUAGAUGUACCGCAGAUGGUUCUCCUGUAGUCAGAUCUUUGCCACUCCACUUGGGCAAUGAGACGUGUACUAACACUGAAGAGGUGGACACCAGUCAUGGUGUGGGCUGUAAGGGACUGCUUGCUUCAGUGUGCCAAAGAGCCGGCACCAGAACCCAGGCCAUGCCUUGCAUUGCAUCCAAUAGAAAGUCUCUGUUCUUUACUGUAUGCAUUCUAAUAAAAGAUAUCUGCGUAUA